CCGACCCCGAAGACCUGAAGCCCCGGGGGGAGGAAAUAACUCGCCCUCGGCUCACUCCCGCCCUGUUCCUCUCUCCGGCUCAUUGCCUUCCCUCGCUCCAAUGCCGCCGAGCUCGUCUCCACUUCGGGACAGCAGUGCGGCGGAGGUGGCAGCGAGCUCCCGGGCUCUGGACGAGAAAAUGGGGCAGGCAGUGACGCGCCGCUUCAGAGCUGGAGCCCGCGCAGCGCCUCGCAGAGCGAUGGACUGCCGAACCCCGAGCGCGCAGGACGCCCCGGCGGUGCCCACGUCGCUGGCCGCCCCAGCAGGGAGAAAACCAAAAGGCAAGGCACCGCUUCCUCCAGCCGAGACCAAAAGUGUUGAUGUCUCUGCAGUUGAUGAGUCUGUAGAAUCCACUCCUUUCAGCAUGGAACAGAAAGAAAACAUGAUAGAGAGAGACAUUGAGCUCUCGGUGGUUCUACCUGGGGAUGUUAUCAAAUCCACUACUGUUCAUGGCAGUAAACCUAUGAUGGACUUGUUGAUAUUCCUCUGUGCACAGUAUCAUUUAAAUCCAUCAAGUUACACAAUUGAUCUACUGUCAGCUGAAAAGAACCAUGUCAAAUUUAAGCCAAACACACCAAUAGGAAUGUUGGAGGUAGAGAAGGUCAUUUUAAAGCCAAAAAAUGUGGAUAAGAAAAAACCUACACCAAUAAUACCAGAGAAAACUGUCAGAGUAGUAAUCAAUUUUAAGAAAACACAGAAGGCCAUAGUGAGAGUCAGUCCACACGCAUCACUUCAAGAACUUGCCCCUAUUAUAUGCAGCAAAUGUGAGUUUGAUCCAUUACAUACACUGUUGUUGAAAGAUUAUCAAUCUCAGGAGCCCCUCGACUUGACAAAAUCUCUGAAUGACCUGGGACUCAGAGAGUUAUAUGCCAUGGAUGCCAAUAGAGCCACUUCUGUCACUGCCUUCAAUAAGUCAUCUUUACAAGAAUCCUGCCAAAUAUCACAAAACCUAGACAUUAUGAAGGAGAAAGAAAAUAAAGGCUUCUUAAGCUUUUUUCAACGCAGUAAGAAGAAGCGGGACCAAACUGCAAGUGCACCUGCCACUCCACUGGUAACCAAGCACCGCCCAACUUUUGUGAGGUCCAACACCAUUUCCAAGCCAUAUAUUUCAAAUACACUACCAUCAGAUGCACCCAAAAAGAGGCGGGCUCCCUUGCCCCCAAUGCCAGCAUCUCAGAGAGUGCCCCAGGACCCUGUGAACAUCCAGGAGAGGCCAGCUUCCUGUGUAGUAAAAUCCAUGAGUGUGGAUGAAACAGAAAAGAGACCCUGUGGAGCAGGAAUAAUGAGAACAGGCUCUCUGCAGCUCAGUAGCACAUCUGUAGGGAAUUCAUCUUUAAGAAGGACAAAACGAAGGGCACCUUCCCCACCCUCCAAACUAGCCCUCCAUGAAAGUGAUGAAAAUAAUCAUAUGACUGCCCUUCCAUCAGUAGAUGGCAUUUCUCCUGACAGUGUUUUGGAAGCAAACAGUCCUGAGGGACUGUCCAACUCAGAAACCUCCCUUGGCCCCGGGUUGCCCGGUCAGGAACCAUGCUCUGCGCCUAAGCUGGCAGAGGAAGCCUCUCUCUCUGAGUGCCCUGGGACACCUGAGGCAGCUGUCGCAUCAUUGACAUCUGGAAUAAGCUCUGAUUAUAGCCUUGAAGAGAUAGAUGAAAAGGAAGAACUAAGUGAAGUGCCUAAAGAUGAGGCUGAAAAUACUUAUCUGAAGUCACAAGAUAUUCCUCUUGUUUCUACCGACAUAAUAAAUACACUGAAAAAUGAUCCUGACUCAGCCACUGGCAGGGAUAACAGAGAAUCCUUACAAAACUCCAAGGAAGAAAAUCAAGAAACUAGAAAUCCGAAUGGACAAGAUACACACAAUAUAGUAUCUGAUACCGGCAAUGAAGAAAUGGUAGUUGAUACUCUAAGGAACUUGAAGUCAUUGCACCCAAACCAAGAGAAUGUUCAUCAUGAAAAAACUGUCUUUCCAAUGAACACAGAAGAUAAUAUGAAAACUAGAGUAAAGAAAACAGAAGUCAAUGUAGGAGGUGUUGCCACAAAUAACAAUGUGGACAUAAAAGUUGACACACUGCCAAACUUUCAAGUAUAUAAAACUGAUCCUGCUGUAAGCUGCAAGGAAAAUCAUCCAUCAGUUUCAUCGGGACCAGACCAAAAGCUGAAUCAACUCAUUGCAGAAAAGAUAAAAAUGCAAGAUGCAGCAAUUCAGACAACCCCUUCCUCUAACAGUUUUGGCAAGAAUCACCAAGCUAAUAAUUUGUCUGACUUCAAAGUUGAUGAAAGUGUACAAACAUUGAAUAACAGCAAAUCAAUUCAACACCCACCCUUUAGUCAGCGAGAUUCUGUAGGCACUUCAAGAGAAUUCAGGAGUCAGGGUACCUUAAACACACAGUCAGAAGAGCAGCUCCCCAGAAAAGAUCCCAUUUGUACACAUAAUGAUGAUCUUUUGCUUCCUAUAGAUGGGAUUGAGAAAAAUUCACCUGCUUCUUACCUAAAGAAUCAUCCACUUUACAGACAGGACUAUAGUCCUAAGCCAAAACCUUCAAAUGAAAUUACAAGAGAGUAUAUACCUAAAAUCGGAAUGACUACUUAUAAAAUAGUGCCUCCCAAAUCUCUGGACAUAGGGAAAGACUUGGAGACAGAAACCAUAGGAUAUAAAGACAGUCAAGAGACACACACCUUAGAGAAAAAGCAUACUCAUGAGAAUAUGAAAGAAACUGCAAUUCAGACAGAAGACCUCAUUAUUUCCGAAGGCCCAAAGGAGCCGCCGCCAGACCUUAAACCAAAACCAAACUUGAGGACAGGACAUCAGGUUCCCAGUUCUGCAGGUUCGCCUGAUAGUGCUGUGGCUAAUCCUCUGAGAACUGUUCCUAGAAUGGCUAGAGACACUGGUACAGUUCCUUUUGCACCAAAUUUGGAAGACAUAAACAAUAUUUUGGAGUCAAAAUUUAAAUCUCGGGGUUCAAAUCCCCAGGCCAAACCAAGUUCUUUUUUCUUACAAAUGCAGAAGAGAGCAUCAGGUCACUAUGUGACAUCUGCCGCUGCCAAGAGUGUCCACACUGCCCCUAAUCUUAUUCCAAAGGAACCGACACAUGCAGAGGUAGAAAGGGAUCUGCAACUCCCGCCAGAGCAGCCUCUUUCUCCCUUAAGUAAAACAACUCACCUUCCUCUCCCACAUCCCAUUAAAAGUACCGGUGAUGACAUCAUCAGUCAGAAGCCUGUGGAAACCUCUCCUCCUCCCACAGCUCCAAAACCUGUGCCUCUUCCUACUAGUCAGGUAGCAGCACUAAACCUGAAGACUUUGAAAACUUUCGGUGCCCCACGACCUUUCUCCAGUUCUGCUCCUUCGCCAUUUGCCCUUGCUGUAGUGAAAAGGUCACAGUCUUUCAGUAAAACACGUACUGAGACAUCCAGGGAUGGUGCACCUGUCCAGCCUCUGAGUGACACAGAAAAAGGGAACACUCAUUCUGUAAAUACAUCAGUGGACAUCCCACAGCUUGGUGUGACUGAUCAGGGAAAUAACUCUGCACAUAAUAAACAGAAUCCCCAGAUACCACCUCCAACCGACUGCCCAUCACUUACCCUUAAGAGACAAAGUUCUUUAACAUUCCAAAGCUCUGACCCAGAGCAGCUCCGACAGACUUUGCUGACUGCAAUCCGUUCUGGAGAGGCUGCUGCCAAAUUGAAAAGGGUCACUGUUCCUUCAAAUACAAUAUCUGUGAACGGAAGGUCAAGACUCAGCCAGCCCGUGUCCUCUGAUGUCCAGGAUGGCCAUUAAAUGUCCUGCCAUACUGCACGUCACCACUUCCACUUCACAGACCCACUGCAUACUAACGGAGAAUGUAUAUUCAGAUGUACACUAAUAUAUUGUCUAUUAAAGUAUAAGAAGUUGUGUUACGGCAUUUAAUGCCAAAAUAAAUAUCAGAAUGUAUAAUUUAAUAUAAUUUUGGGGGGGUGUCUUUUUCUGCCUUAAAAGCUGAAUAUGCUGCCUCAGAAUUUUUAAAAAAAGGUAAAAAUUACUUCUUUUUUUUUUUCAAAUGGAAAAUAAUCCUUUAUUAACUUCACCUAUUUCUGGAUACAUUCUCUACAAUGGUGACUUAGACAAAAGUAUAAAAAUUUAUAGACUUAUUUUGUGUCAUGAACAGCUAGGUAAACAUAGAUCUAUUUGUUGCCUCAAUAUUACAGUUUAAUUGGAAACAUUUAUAAGUUAAAAGUCUAUUUCGUGCUGAGAGAAUAAGCUAGAAAGCUAGUGAUGUCAAGUAUAUUCAGUUCAACAAUUAUUUUUGAUGAUGAAUCAGUAAGAUUUAUUUUUGCAUUCUUUAUGUAAUUACAAAUCACUGUCAAAUUUAUGGAACUCUCCUAGUAUGUUAAUAUUUUAUUAACAUGGAACACAUGGUUUUUUUAAUCUUUAGGUUUUAAAUUGCACAAGGGGAAUUGAAAUAUUUUUUGUAUAUUAUUAUGUCAUUAUCAUUACACAGAUAUGGGUUUUAUGUGCCAGAAGCCUUAAAAAUCUUCCUGUGAAAAUGUUGAUAUUUGUGAGUAAUCUCACAUCUGAUAUGUAGAGAGGAAUAGGUGUUAGUUUAUGUCCAUAUUGGAAGACAUUAAAGACUAUUUGAAAAGUCCAGAAAUCCUGGUUUUAAUUAAAGUUAAAUGAUAACAUAGUCAUUAUGCAGUUCAGAUGCUAAUAUUCUAAAUAAUAAUAUAUAUUUACAUUCAAGCUAAAACUUCUAAGCAAAGCAGUGCCUACUUUGCUGGCUUAUAUCUAUUUUGGGAUCUAGAGCUUGUUGGUGUUCUUUCUCUGCUUUAAAUACUGUAUUGCUCCCUUAUUCUAAACGCUUUGUUCCAACAAGCUGAUGUUAAGUUGGUUUUCACUAAAACUACUGUGAUACCUGCCUCUUUGGAAAAUGCGUUAAUUUUUUUUUUCCUGUUUAAUAAAGCUAAGUUAUGUAUUUGC